GGGAAUAGGAAUGCAUUUCCCCCCAAUUCGGUGGGCCCACCACCAAACGUUAGUUUGGUUGGCUGUAAUGGCAUUACAGCCUGAAUCCAUUCCAGCUCUAUUACGGGAAAAUGUUGAAUAGGCAUUCCCUUCCUUCACCACUGAAUAGCCAUUCCAUUCCACGGGAGUAUUUUUUUUUUUUUUCCCAUUUUUAUUUUUUGCCCUCAGCUUCAUCUUCUCCUUUCCUUUACAUCUCUGCGUUUCCCUUUUUUCCUUCUUAUUUCCCUUCAUAUUAUUUCCCUUUUUUCCUUCUUAUUUCCCCAUCUGCUGCUAUUGUUUCUGUUCGCCUUCAGCAUUCGGCUUGGUUUCUCAAGGGAACUUUUCCGGUGGAGCAAGGGGAUAUUCACAAACGUUGGAAAUUGGUCAGUACGAGAUUGAAGGAUUUUCAUAAGUGUAUUGUGCUUCCCAUUGGCAGCCUAUCCAUUGGACUUUGCAGGCAUCGUGCAAUCCUCUUUAAGGUUUUUCUUCAGAUGCCCUCAGCCGAGGACACGAUAUGGGAAUGAUCUCAGAUGUCCCUGCUACUGUGGCAGCUGUAAAGAACCCUACUUCGAAAAUUGUCUACGACGAGUAUAAUCACGAGCGGUUUCCACCUAGUGAUCCCAGCAAGCGUGCUUUUGCUUAUUUCGUCUUGUCUGGUGGCAGGUUUGUUCUAAGCAUGUCUGCCAGCAAAGACGUUCUUGCACUCGCUUCCCUUGAGGUUGACCUUUCUAGCAUAGAGCUAGGGAGCACUGUUACCGUCAAGUGGAGAGGGAAGCCUGUCUUUAUCAGACGUAGAACCGAAGAGGACAUCAAGACGGCUAACAGCGUUGACCUUGCAUCACAGGGAUGAAGUUUAAUUUUUUAUUUUAGUUUUUUAUUGUUUGUUUUGGGUUUGAAGUUCAAUAGCAUUUCGUGUUUGUAAUGAAAAAUGUGUAUAUAUAUCAUUUAUACAUUGGUUGAUCUAACUUUGGUGAUGACUUGGUUGGUUGCCAAUGGAAUUUAUAUCUCCUAUGUCUCCAACACUUUAUGGCGGAAUCCAUUUUGCAUGGCUUUUGAUUUGAUCUAUAAA